UUACCACUGGAACAAACAAAUCUUUACUCUCUCUCUCACACACACACAGACCGAUUGCAAUUUACGCCCUUCUUCUUCAACAAUCCUCACUCCUCACCUACUCCGGCGCCACUCUCUGAAACAAGAACACCAAAAUAAUGGCAGCGCAGCCGAUCAAAUUCGGAAUCGUGGGAUGCGCCGACAUAGCGCGCAAGGUCUCACGGGCGAUAACCCUCUCCCCAAACUCCACCCUCUACGCCGUCGCGAGCCGAACCCACGAGAAGGCGGCCAAAUUCGCCAAGGAAAACGGGUUCCCCGAUUCGGCCAAGAUAUACGGGUCGUACGAGGCCCUACUGGACGACCCGGAAGUUGACGCCGUCUACCUGCCGUUACCCACGAGCCUGCACAUCAAAUGGGCCGUGCUCGCCGCCCAGAAGAAGAAGCACCUGCUCUUGGAGAAGCCCGUCGCCCUGAACGUCGGAGAGUUCGACGUGAUUCUCGAGGCGUGCGAAUCCAGUGGGGUGCAGAUCAUGGACGCUACCAUGUGGAUGCACCAUCCCAGAACUGCUAAGAUGAAGGAGUUUCUCUUAGAUUCCUCACGAUUUGGCGAUCUCAAAACUGUGCAUACCUGCUUCACAUUUGCAGCAGAUAAGAACUUUCUAGAAACCGACAUUCGUGUAAAGCCAGAUCUCGAUGCCCUCGGUGCACUAGGCGAUGUAGGGUGGUACUGCACGAGAUCAAUCUUGUGGGCAGCCGAUUUCGAGCUGCCCAAAUCAGUAGUCGCACUGCACGGAACUGUAUACAACACCUCGGGAGUCAUCUUAGCCUGCAGUGCUUCUCUACAGUGGGGAGACGGAAAGACGGCCACCUUCCACUGUUCUUUCUUAUCCAACUUAACAAUGGACAUGGCUGUUGUCGGAACAAACGGCACUCUGAGAUUCCACGACUUUGUGAUCCCGUUCGAGGAGAACAAGGCCUCGUUCGGGACGGCUGUCAAGUCAGGAUUCACCGAGCUCGUUACUGGGUGGGAACCGAAGCCGAGCGAGCACAUUGUUACGACGGAGCUUCCUCAAGAAGCUCUUAUGGUGAGUGAGUUUUCGAGGCUGGUUGGGUGUGUGAAAUUUGAGGGGGCGAAACCCGAGAAGAAGUGGCCGAUGUAUAGUAGGAAGACACAGCUUGUUUUGGAUGCGGUUAAGGUUUCGAUCGAGAAGGGUUAUCAAAGUGUUGAGAUCGUUGAGUAAUUAGGUAUUAUUGAUCUUUUUUGUUGUCUUUGCAAGGGAAUUUGUGUCUGUUGUUUAUGUGUAAUAAGAUGCAUUGCUUCGAAUUAAUCGAUUGAAUUGUUUUCGUAUUGCAUGGAUACGGUCUUUUGUGGAAUAAAACGACACUUUGAUAUGUGAAUAAAUGUGUUGUCUUUUUUUGUUA